AUGUCACAACAACGAGCCUCUGACGUCACUCUCACUCUCAGAACAAUCAACAAUCAUGGAGAGAUCCUCCAUCACCUCCUCCAGAGAGAUCCUCCAUCACCUCCUCCAGAGAGAUCCUCCAUCACCUCCUCCAGAGAGAUCCUCCAUCACCUCCUCCAGAGAGAUCCUCCAUCACCUCCUCUAGAGAGAUCCUCCAUCACCUCCUCUAGAGAGAUCCUCCAUCACCUCCUCCAGAGAGAUCCUCCAUCACCUCCUCUAGAGAAAUCCUCCAUCACCUCCUCUAGAGAGAUCCUCCAUCACCUCCUCUAG